AUGGCGUCCAUCGCGCGCGCGCCGACGACCGCGUCGCCGAGUGCGCGCGCGACGCGACGCAGAGCGCGACGCGCGGCGACGACGCCGUCCGCGAGCGCGAACGAGGAGCGAACGACGUCGACGUUCGAGCUCGAGCGCGUCGUCGAACCGCUGAUCGCGGAGACGAAGACGCUGAACGAGGGGAUCGCGAAGUUUUACGACGAGAGCUCGCGGGUGUGGGAGGACGUGUGGGGAAGCGAGGGAGGGGACGGGACGCACAUGCACCACGGGUACUACCGACGCGGCGAACCGGUGAACCACGCGAAGGCGCAGGUGGACAUGAUCGAGGAGAGCCUGCGCUGGGCGGGAGUGCGAGAGGUGAAGCGAGUGCUGGACGUUGGGUGCGGAAUCGGGGGGUCGUCGAGGCACAUGGUGAGGAAAUACGGGUGCGAGGCGGAGGGGGUGACGCUUUCGCCGGUGCAGGCGGCGCGAGCGAACGCGCUGGCGAAAGAGGAGGGCGUCGAGAAUAUGGCGAAAUAUCGCGUCGCGGACGCGUUGAACAUGCCGUUUGAGGACGGUUCGUUCGAUUUCGUGUGGUCGAUGGAGAGCGGGGAACACAUGCCGGACAAGAAGAAAUUCGUCGACGAGUUGGCGCGAGUGUGCGCGCCGGGGGGACGGAUUUUAAUCGUCACGUGGUGUCAUCGAACGCUCGAGCCGGGGCAGAGCGCGCUGGAGCCGGCGGAGCGCGUUUUACUCGAUCGCAUUUGCGAUGCGUACUACCUCCCGGCGUGGUGCUCGAUCGCCGAUUACAAGGCGCUCGCCGAGGACGCCGGGUUGGUCGACAUCGAAACCGAGGAUUGGAGCGAGGAGGUCAAGCCGUUUUGGAAGGGCGUGAUCAAGACCGCGUUGACGCUCAAGGGUGUGAUCGGUCUGCUUAAAUCCGGCGCCGCGACUUUACGCGGCGCGUUGGUGAUGCCGCUGAUGCAAACGGGCUUGGCGACGGGGACGAUAAAAUUCAACCUGAUUACGAUGCGCAAACCGCCGCUGUGA